CCUCAAAUCUCAAAAAGUCCACAAUCUCUCUCUUUCUCGCUCUCUCUUCAUCUUCUAGAGAGAGAUUUUAUGGCGGUGGAGCUCAUGACUCGAAACUACAUCUCCGGCGUCGGAGCCGAUAGCUUCGCCGUUCAAGAAGCUGCAGCUUCAGGGCUCAAAAGUAUGGAGAAUUUCAUCGGUUUGAUGUCUCGUGAAAGCUGUAAUAACUCCGAUCAACCAUCUUCUUCUUCCGCCGCCGUUGCCGCCGAUCUGGAAUCAGCUCGUAACACGACGGCUGACGUGGCGGUUUCGAAGUUCAAAAGAGUCAUAUCUCUCUUAGAUCGGACUCGUACCGGACACGCCCGGUUUAGACGCGCUCCGGUUAUUUCUCCAAUUCAAGAAAUUAAACCGACGCCGUUUCAAGCUCCGCCGCAGAUCCGUAAAGGUUCGUUUUCUUCAUCGAUCAAAACGAUCGAUUUCUCUUCUCUCUCCUCCGUAACGACGGAAUCAGAUCACAAGAAGCAUCUUCAUCGUCCCUCCGAAACGGCGCCGUUUGAGACUCAAAGCCUCUCAACUUCUUCUUUGUCCAAAUCAACAAAGAGAAAAUGUAAUUCAGAGAAUCUUAUCGCCGGAAAAUGCGUCUCUGCUUCUUCCUCCGGUCGUUGUCAUUGCUCCAAGAAAAGGAAGAUUAAACAGAAGAGAGUAAUUAGGGUUCCGGCGAUCAGUGCUAAAAUGUCCGAUGUUCCUCCAGACGAUUACUCAUGGAGAAAAUACGGACAAAAACCAAUCAAAGGAUCUCCACAUCCCAGAGGAUAUUACAAGUGCAGUAGCGUAAGAGGUUGUCCAGCUCGUAAACACGUGGAGAGAGCAGCAGAUGAUUCCUCGAUGUUAAUCGUUACUUAUGAAGGAGAUCAUAAUCAUUCUCUCUCUGCCGCUGAUCUUGCCGGCGCCGCCGUAGCUGAUCUCAUUUUGGAAUCGUCUUGAAGAAAAUCUUAAGACUCAAAAUUAUAUAAAAAAUUAGAGAUCCUAGCGAAGUACUUUUGUUUUUUUUUUAAAGUUUAAACGACUGAAACUAUGAAUCAUGUAAUCAAACCUUUUGCGGAAGAUAUAAAUUUAGCUAUAUUAAAAGUUGA